GGCCGAAGAUUCGAUCGUCCAGAGCUGAUAGUCGUCUCCGCUUGGUGAUCAGUAAAGCAGCCGCCGCGAAAGCGAACCGCUGGCAUUUGGGCUGGGCGAGCUGAACAGAGCAAGCGUCAAGUCGCGACGGUUCCACCAUUAUAUUCUCUGGCAUAUUCACGCAACCAAAGCAUUCAAGCUUCCAGCAUCUGUUUUUGUUUUCGUUCGCGUUUUGUCUUAGCGUUUGCGUUAAUUUUUUUUGUUGUUUUGUAAGUGAGCGAACGAGCGAGCGAUCCAUCGAUCUGACCCAACGGCAGUGGUAAACAAAGCGAUCGCGCCAUCAAGUGAGCAUCCACAGCAAACCGGAGCAACUGCAUCUGGCAUCAGCAUCAAGUAGAAGGAUCACACAGCGCCCAAUCAUGGAGGUCUACACAUCGGACAGCUCGGACACAGAUUCGCGGGAGCAAAAGACCCUGGACUUUGGCCGCAUGAGUCUGGAUCUCAUCACUCUGGAGGAUCAUCUCAGCUCGCCGCAAAAGGGUUUGCUUAAGGCCAGUGGGGAUAUUGAGACCAUGCUCCUGAACCAUAAUAGGUUGGUGGGUCUGCCACGGUUGUUGCAGCAAUUUGCCAACUUGAAAGUCCUCGAUUUGAGCUCCAAUGCCAUCACCUCGCUGCCGGAUGCUGUAUGCCAGCUGCCGCUGGUCACCCUGAUUGCCAAGAACAACCUGCUGACCAAUAGUUCGCUGCCCAAGUCGCUGCUCUCCAAGCUGGCCAACAAUGGAGGUGGAUCCACGCUCAAGGAGCUCAAUCUAAGCGGUAACCAGCUGACCCACUUCCCCGAACAGGUCACCGAGCUGCGUCAACUGAAGUAUCUUUAUGUUGGCGGCAACAAGAUCUCGAGCAUUUCAAAGGAUAUUUGGAAGAUGCAAAGCCUGCAUGUUCUGUCCCUGGGCGGAAACCUGAUCAGCGAGGUUCCGGAAGCAGUGGGUUCCCUUAGCCAGCUGCAGGCUUUGGUGCUCUGCGACAACCUGAUCGAGAUCCUGCCGACGAGCAUUGCCCGGCUGAAAAACCUCAAGUCGCUGCUGCUCCACAAGAACCGGAUGAGGCAUCUGCCCAAGGACAUUGUGGCGCUGAAGAACCUGACCGAGUUGAGUCUGCGCGACAAUCCACUGGUGGUGCGCUUCGUCCAGGACAUGGCUUUGAAGCCACCAACUUUGUUGGAACUGGCCGGACGCAUGGUGAAGGCCAGUGGUCAGCGACCUGGACCCUAUGACAUACCAAGGACACUGGUCGAGUAUCUAAAUAGCGCCAACUGUUGUGUGAAUCCCAACUGUAGGGGUGUCUUUUUCGACAAUCGUGUGGAGCACAUCAAGUUUGUGGACUUUUGCGGUAAAUACCGUGUGCCACUGCUGCAGUACCUCUGCUCCUCCAAAUGCAUCGAACCGGAGCAGCCGGCACGCGGAUCAGUACCGGCGGCAAGCACUAGCAAUGCGAGCAGCGGCUUCAUGAUGCGCAAGGUGUUGCUGGGCUAGCCGGUAUUCCAGCCCCGGCCCCGGCCCGGCCCAUUCCGGCUCCUGGCCAUAUCAUCCGGAGCGAGCGUCGACCGAUUCCGGUCGAUUUUUGGGGAAGCGGAAGCGGAAGCCGAAGCGGAACGGAGUGGAGAGAGAGGAGCAGCUGCUGUUGAUGUUGUUGAUGAUGUUGAUGAAUGAUGAUAUCGGAUCGGAACGGAAAUGGAGGCGGAUGAUCCACGCGUUCGCUCCGGCUGUGGAGUCCGGCGGCCAAGAAGUUGCAGGGCCGUCCCUAGCUGGAAUCCCCAUUGGCUUCACACGUUAUCAAAUCCAAUUUGAACUAGUUUCCUAAGCUUGAUUACGACCUGUUUGUUGUUUUGCCCGCCCUGUUGCUGGCCGGCCAGUUUCCCUGUUUAUGUACGUUUGUUUGCCUGCCUGUUGUUAUCCACCACUUAUACAAUCUAUACCAAAGAGUCUU